CAAAUUAUAACAGAUAGAGUAGUUAUAACGAAUGAAAACGGAGAAAUAGAAUUACUAACUAACCCUACAAAAAUAAAAAAACAAAUAAAAGACAAUAUGGAAAAAUGUAUGGCAAAUUCAAAUGAAGAAACAACUGAAAUACCAUCAGAAUAA